AUGGAGGGGUUACUCGAACUUCCGUUGCAGAUAUUGGGGGGAUUAUGGGAGAUGGUGAGGGAUACGCCGGCGCAUAUAUUGGGGUUGAUUUUGAUCGGGUUGGUGGUUGUAGGAUUAGGUUGUAUAUACGCUCUCCUCCUACUCGUCGCGCCUGUCCCCAGACCUCCCUACCCAUCCGAAAAAACAUACAUAACCACCACUCCCUCUGGCACCACCGAAACCAAACCCCUAACCUGUUGGUAUGAUUCUUGGGUCGCGCAUCGCGAAGCCUCGGUUUCGAAGAGUGGUUCAUCCGCGCAAAAUAAUAUCCGCACCGGGGCGAUCGAACCCGCAACUCUAGAAAUGAGUCUGGUGGUGCCGGCAUAUAAUGAAGAGGAACGGUUAAUCGGCAUGUUGGAAGAAGCCCUUUCGUUUCUCGAUACGACAUAUGGACGUGUGGCGAAAGGAAAAGGGACGGGAACGGGGUAUGAGAUUUUAUUGGUGAAUGAUGGGAGUCGAGAUCGCACGGUGGAGAUCGCGUUGGAGUUUUCGCGGAAGAAUGAUUUGCAUGAUGUUUUGAGAAUCGUGACGUUGGAGGAGAAUCGCGGGAAGGGAGGUGCGGUUACGCAUGGCAUGAGACAUGUGAGGGGGGAAUAUGCGGUGUUUGCUGAUGCGGAUGGAGCGAGUCGGUUUGCGGAUUUGGGGAAGCUUGUAAAGGGGGUUAAGGAGGUGGUGGAUGAGGAGGGGAGAGGUGUGGCGGUGGGAAGUAGAGCUUGGUUGGUGGGAAGUGAAGCGGUUGUUAAGCGCUCCGCCCUCCGCAACACCCUAAUGCAUUCCUUCCACCUCCUCCUCCGUCUCCUCACACCCCCCGCCACCUCCCGCAUCCGCGACACCCAAUGCGGAUUCAAACUCUUCACUCGCGCGGCCCUCCCCCACAUCAUCCCGUAUAUGCAUGCCGAAGGCUGGAUUUUCGACGUCGAAAUGCUCAUGUUGGCUGAGAGUGCGCCGGGGGUGGAGGAUGGAGAGGGGGAGGGGGAGGGGGAGGGAAAAAGAAAGGGAAAAGGAAAUGGAAAUGGAAAUGGAAAUGGAAAAGAAAAAGGAAUCAAAGUUUCCGAACAGCCGAUUGCCUGGCAGGAAGUCGGAGGUAGUAAAUUGAAUGUGAUGUGGGAUAGCUUGGGGAUGGCGUGGGGAUUGGCGGUUUUGAGAGGGGGAUGGGAAUGGGGGUUUGGAGGAGGAGGUGAGGUGAGGUGA